ACGCUGCGAAGACAGUGUGUGUAAAUCCGUCUGCUAACAAGCGUUCUUUUGACAGCUCAACUCAUCGAUCAAGAUUUUACUGAAUUAAAAUGUCAUCUAAAAUUGUUUUACUUUUACUGGCGUGCGUUGUAGUUGUGGUUUUGGCUAAAGAAAGCAAAUCCAAGAAACUUCAAAUCGGUAUCAAGAAACGUGUUGAUAACUGCACUGUCAAAUCCAAACGAGGAGAUCUUCUGCAUAUGCACUACACGGGAACACUGGAGGAUGGAACUGAAUUUGACAGCAGUAUUCCUAGAGGCCAACCUCUAACAUUUACCUUAGGAUCUGGGCAAGUCAUCAAAGGAUGGGACCAAGGUUUAAUGGGGAUGUGUGAAGGAGAGAAGAGAAAACUUGUUAUUCCAUCUGAAUUGGGCUAUGGGGCUUCGGGAGCUCCACCCAAAAUCCCCGGGGAUGCUACCCUAAUUUUCAAUGUAGAAUUACUGAAGAUUGAAAGAAGGGAUGAUCUAUGAGGCUCAUAAAAUACAGCUACUGAUUUAUGUAUCACU